AUGUCAGUUAUUUAUCGUCCCGUUGAAAAACAUGAACAACAACAAGCAAUUGAUUUAUGGUAUAUAGUAUUUAAACCUCCGCCAGGCUAUUUCGAACGUUAUUUUAAUAAAGAAGCAUCACCUCGUUAUCAAGAAGGUGAUACAUUAGGUGCUUGGAUUAAUGAAAAAUUAGUUAGCGCAGUACAUAUUCGACGUCUUAAUAUUCGAUCUCGUGAUGAUAAUAUAGAAUAUUUAUGUGGUGCAAUAUCCAAUGUUGCAACUUUUGAAGAACAUCGAAAACAUGGUUAUUCACGUAAUCUUUUACAAAUGGCUAUUACAAAAAUGGAACAAAGUAAUGAAUUUGAUAUAUCAACUUUAUCUACUGGAGUACCAACUCAUUAUUCCGCACUUGGAUGGGAAUCAAUCUCUUUACCAUCACCGAUUAGUAUUCAUUGGAAUCAUUUUAGUUCAUCUUGUGAUAGUAAUCAAUGGAAUUCAGUAAACAAUAUAUCUUCAUCAAAUUAUCAACUACUUCUUGAUAUUCAUUCCAAUAAACCUCGAACCUAUCAAUAUAAUCGAUCACCAGUAAAUGUGUUUCAAUAUUGGACGGGUUGGACUUGGAAAAGAGACAAUGCAAUUAUAUAUUCAUUACAAGAUGCUCAACAGGGUUAUGUUGUUAUUACUCAUCCAGAUAAUGUUGAUAAUAUUUAUGUAUCAGAAUGGCGAGCAUUAAAUGUUGAUGCUGAAAGAAAAUUAUUAAAAGCUGCAGCUAAUGAAAUUCAUCGACGACAUUCACAAAUAAAAAUUAUUCGAUUUCAUACCGCACCACAAUAUAUGAGUUUAGAAGAAUUAGAGCAAUGGGCUGGUGCAGUAACCGUUAGUAAAAAUGAUCGUACAAUGAUUCGAAAUAUUCGAUUAUCGCAUGAAACUCUCGAAAAAAUCAAAGCCGCCUAUUUAAGUGGUCAUGCUACGUUUUGGCAAGGUGAUUAUUUUUAA